GUGGCCGGAAGGAGGAAUCGGUACGAUGCCGUCGCUCGCUUCGCCUGCGGAACACGGGGCCUCUCUACGCCCGACGGCGCCUCCAUUACUGCAGCAUGCUUCUCCUAGUAGAGCACACGCUGUCGCAGGGCUGCAGUCGUUGGAUCUUUCGGCUAAAGCGGAUGCCAACGCCUCUGUCAUGGACGAGCUACUACUCAAGUAUCUGCAGACACGAGGCUAUCACAUCUCCAGAGGGGAGUCGCAACAGCCACAAGCCACAGAAGAGGAGAGAAGACGACUGCUAGGCGACAGAGCGGCACGGAUAGAGAACGCCAGCAUCGACAAAUACGCGCAGCAGAUGGGCCUGACCACGGAAGCGUGCACUGCGAAUCACUUGCUGUUCUACGGACUCACUAGUGGCAAUUCUGAAGCUUACGAUGAAGCGUACGGCAAGCUGCUGGACUGGAUCUGCAACUCGCUGGAUAUGUAUCGCAACGAGCUCCACACUGUGGUCUUCCCGAUCUUCGUGCACUGCUUCUUGGAGCUGUUGGCGAAGGGAUUCGUAGAGGCAGGCAGGCGUUUCCUCCAUCGAUAUGCACCAGAUCACACCAGGCUGCACCUGGAGGAACUGCGCACACUCAGUCUCGUGUUCUCGCCACAACAUUUGCGUGAAAACGAGUACGUGCGCGAGGUACUACAGAGCAAGUUUAACGUCGAGAUGAGCUUGCUGUCUUUCGAGCUGCUCAACACAUUUUUGAGCCAGGAGCGUCUCUUUUUGCUGCUAUCAAUCGUCAACGAGCGCGUCAAUCUCGUGGUGACGUCGAACCAACCAGGUUUUCAGAUUCAACAGCUUCAGGACGCGCCUACGCCAGUCGAAACGCUGAAUAAUUUGGCGCCCAAGAACGACGCCACCAGCGGAUUUAAGACGUCGGAUGAACUGGCGCAGGCUAUAGCGGCAUCGAAUCAUCCAAGCGAGAGUGAGAUCGCUAUGCCCUUGACCACGGGGCCCUACGAUGUCGACUAUUUGGUACGCGCUGCUAGUGGUUCUGCGGCAGCUACUGGACGCAAUGGCUACACGGUGCACGAUCUCAACGCCAUUCCUGUGAACUGGGGAGUGCUUCCGGAGCGCAAGGUGCAUGAUCCCUCUGCGGAGGACGAAGAAGACGGACUAGAAGGCGGUGCAGCCUCCAACGGAGCAGCAGGGGGAACCUCUGCUAGUGCUGCAGAUAAAGGCAAGGCGUCGACUACGUCUGUAGAUGCGCACCGUAAACACAAACGUGUGAAGCUGUCAGAUGACGGCACGACAGGCAAGAAAAGAGAGCAACUGGAGGAGACAGGCCCGCUACCCGAUCGGAAGAAUGCUUUCAACGCCGAAGUGAUGGAGAAACUCGUGCUUCGCGUACCUGCUAGCACGAAGGAACAUAUUUUCGAGGAUAUUCGAGUUCGCGCUCCAGUGAGUCGAAGUGCGCUGCCUUCGGCUCUGUGCUUUACGCUUCUGAAUUCAGCAACACACAUAAACAACAUGUGCUUCAACGACGACGUGACUAUGGUUGGCGCUGCAUGUGACGACGCCUCCUUCCGUGUAUGGCGCAACGAUGAUCAGCCAUUGGGCGCAGCCGCCGGAUCCGUGUACCAUGGCAAUGGAGGGCCGUCUUUUGCAGAAGCAGAGGAGGACGAGAAAAUGGCUGUCUUACGAGGCCACUCGAGCGCUGUAUAUGGCGCAAGCUUUUCCCCUGACAAUCGAUUCGCACUCACGGCAUCAGCUGACUCCACUGUUCGACUUUGGAGUCUGGCGGCGAGGAGCAACUUGGUCGUGUACCGCUCGCAUCAAGGAGCUCCGGUAUGGGAUGUUACCUUUGCGCCGCUAGGAUACUACUUUGCGACCUGCUCCAUGGAUCGGACAGCGCGGCUCUGGAGUACAGAUCACAUGACGCCUCUACGUGUUUUUGCUGGUCAUUUAUCGGAUGUGGACUGCGUGCGUUUCCAUCCGAACCACAACUAUUUGGCCACUGGAUCCAGCGACAAGACUGUACGGCUGUGGGACGUGCAGUCUGGCAAGUGCGUUCGUGUAUUCACGGGCCAUUUUCGUGGGGUGCAGUGCCUAGCAUUCUCGCGCAACGGUCGGUAUCUCGCAAGCUCAGGAGAGGAUCAGUACAUCAAUAUUUGGGAUCUACAGGCAGGCAAACGUCUGGAAACCCUCAUGGGCCAUAAGGCAAUGGUCACGUCGCUAGACUUCAGCCAGGAGAGCACAAUAUUAGCAAGUGGUGGCAUGGACUCCACAGUGCGUAUCUGGGAUAUGAAGGCGCUCACGGAGAAGCCCACGACGUACUCUUCCCUCUCGGGGGCAAUGGAAGACUUGCACGUGAGUUCAUCGGAUGCAGCCUUCGAGUUGAACGGAACUCAGCUACCGGGCCGAAGCCGGUUUGUCAAACCUGUGCCGAUGGUACGGCCUGGAGCGGUACAGGAGCUACCGUCCUCGCGUUUCCUCCUCAAGACGCUGCGCUCCAAACAGACACCAAUGUAUCGGGUCCACUUUACGCCGCGCAACCUGUUGCUUGCUGGCGGCAUAUUCCAGCCGAAAAUGGAGACAUAA